GAAAUAAGGCAGAAAUAAGGCAGUGCUGUGGAAAUUAGGUGUGCAGCAGAGUGAAGUCCCAGUCCUAACCAACUACUCUCAGCCUCCCGGUAGUCGCCAAGCUCGGACGAACCCUACGUUCCUAGCUAGGCGAAGUCAUAUCGCUCGGCCGGCUAACGGGGUUUGCUUCCGGUUGACACCCGGAAGUGAAGCUUAGAAAGUGGGAGUCACAGCUCUCGGUUCUUCCCGCUUCUGUCUCUUUGCUUGUUUUCCCCGAUCCUGCCUGCUUUCGCUGCCCAAUGCAUCCGCGGCGCCCCGAGGGCUUCGACGGGCUGGGCUAUCGGAGCGCCCGAGAGGAGCCCGGAGGCUUCGCGGCCAAGCCGGAUCUAGGCCACUGGGUCACUACCCCGCCUGACAUUCCGGGCAGUCGCAAUCUCCAUUGGGGUGAAAAGACGCCGCAGUUCGCCGCAGGCACACCUUUGGUGGGGGCUGGCCUCAACGAGGACCCAUACCUAGGAGGCGCCGGCACCAACUCCGAGCAAAUAAACCGGUUUGCAGGCUUUGGGAUUGGCUUAGCAAGUUUAUUCACAGAAAAUGUGCUGGCUCAUCCUUGCAUUGUUUUGCGUCGGCAAUGCCAGGUUAAUUAUCAUGCCAAGAAUUAUCACCUUACUCCAUUUACAAUCAUCAACAUUAUGUAUAGCAUCAAUAAAACUCAGGGCCCCAGAGCUCUUUGGAAAGGAAUGGGGAGUACUUUCAUUGUCCAGGGUAUAGCCCUUGGAGCAGAAGGCAUCAUCAGUGAAUUCACACCCUUGCCAAGAGAAAUUUCAUACAAAUGGAAUCCCAGGCAAAUAGGAGGACAUCUGACCCUAAAAGCGUUGACUUGUAUCAUAGCAAUGCCUUUUUAUUCAGCAAGUUUGAUUGAAACCGUGCAAAGUGAAAUCAUUCGUGAUAAUCCUGGAAUUUUGGAUUGCCUGAAAGAGGGCAUAGGCAGAGCAAUGGGCUUUGGAGUUCCCCAUAGCAAGCGACUACUCCCUCUUUUGGCAUUGACCUUUCCAACAGUUCUGCAUGGAGUUCUUCAUUACAUUAUCAGCUCAGCAGUACAGAAACUGGUCCUCUUCUUCCUAAAGAAAGAGAAUUCUUCAAGCUUCCCAGCUGAGAACUCUAAUUCUGUACAAAACAUGUUGGAUGCUUAUUUUCCUGAACUUAUUGCAAGCUUUGCUGCCAGUCUUUGUGCAGAUGUUAUGCUUUAUCCACUGGAGACAGUUUUGCAUCGCCUUCAUAUUCAAGGGACACGCACCAUCAUUGACAAUACAGACCUUGGAUAUGAAGUUCUCCCCAUCAAUACACAGUAUGAAGGGAUGAGAGACUGUAUCAAUAGCAUAAAACGUGAAGAAGGAAUGUUGGGGUUUUACAAAGGGUUUGGGGCUGUAAUUGUACAGUACACGUUGCAUGUAGCUGUAUUACAGCUUACAAAAGUUCUUUACUCUACACUGCUUCAGAACAUUUCUUAAUAACUAGGGGACAUGGCCAUUUAGUUGGCUACAUUUUCAGAAAAUAAGUACAGUAGUGAAAUCUGAAAGAUUAAAUAUCAUAUAUAAUAAUGGUUCCUUCGUAAAUAAAAACAAAGUCAAACAUUUCCUUUACACAGGCUAUGGUAAUAGGAAAUUGAAAUGCGUAAAUCAACACAAGGCUUUUAAAAUAUUGAAAUGUCAACGAAAUAUUAGAAGGCAUUUUAUAAAUCUGUGCAAAGUAUGAUUUUCAGAAUGAUGAUAGAAUAGUAGGUACAAUUCCAUUGGCAAUUUCUGCUGCAUAACUAUUAGAAAUAACCAAUAGCUACAUACAAGUAAAGCUGUGUUCUAUUUAAAGUCGUGUCUCUUCUUAGAGACACCUGCACUGAAGAUUGUUAAUGUGAAAUUAAUUUGGCAGUCUUGGAAUAAACCAAGAAAACUAUGUACUUUUGUCAGUUUUGUUGAAGGACUUUUCACAUAAUUGCUGUAAACAAUAUUGCUAGUAUCAAUAAUACAAAUGUAAAUAGCAUUUUUACACAGUGCACUUGUUUUACAGUGUACUCCUCCCACCCCAUUGUGUUGAUUAAAUAGUAAUCCCCUCCUCCCCAAAAUCAAAACUGAACAUUGUUCCAUUAUUGCCUAAAAGAAAACUGGUUGAAAUUGUUCUACUUAAUUGCUGAGAAGAAUAUUUGUUAUAGUUGGCACUACUAGAAUUGUUUGUACAAUAUUGGAAUGCUGCCUCACCAAAAUAUGAACUCAGAAGAAUAUCAUACAUGGAUGUUAGUUUAGCUUUCAACUCUCCCUAAGACAACAUCAGAAUAUUUUCCAGUGCAAGUUAAUUGAGUUCAGAUGAAGUAAAUACAUUCCAAAUAAUUAUAAAUUAUAUAUAACAAGGAAUUUUUGUUGAUACUGUAACUGUCUCUCAGCACAAUAUCAUAGCUUUUAAUUAAAGCCAUUAUUAAUUUGAAAUACCCCUUUUCAAAUGUGAAACAGGCGGUAAAUACUUUAAGCUGGAAGCACAGUGGUUUAAACUGAACAGUGCUGUUUUAAAGUAAGAACAGAAAUGUUUCAAACUCAAAAUACUUCAAAAGUGUUCAGAAUAACCCACUUUCCACUUGACAGUUGUUUUACGCUAAAAUAGCAUUUUGAAUUCAAACGGAGUUUAAUUGGAAAUUGUUGCACAUCUCUGUUUUCAAAUUUUAGUUUAAAGUAGAAGAGAGGUUGCUUUCAGUAUUGCUGAUAUUUUUUCAAGAAUUUAAUUGAAAUUCAUCAGAGAUAUCUGGCUGAAUUUGAUGAUUCUAUAUUUCCCAACCAUAGCAUAUAUUGUAAUUUUAGCUAUUUAAAUCCUUGCUUAUGUUUUUUUCCUGGAAUAGCUGGGUGCAAGAGCAAAAUUAUUUUACCUAUCAGUAUAAUAUGCAACUCUGGACUGCAGUCCAUAGUAUGUUCCCUUUUAAAAUGACAUAAUUUUUUCAAAAAGCUAAAUACAUUAGAUGUCUAUAUGCUUCUGGGUCCAAGCUUGAUCUAAUCGAAAAUAUAUAAAGAUGUAUUUAACAAUGCAUAAGUCCUUUGGAAAAGUUCCUGUCCCUCCCAGCAAUCAGUGUGUAUAAAAGUCUAGCUGUGUCUACGAAUCUACAAAACAAUAUUUCAGUUCAAAAUUUAUGUACAGAAUUCAAAUUUAUGGGAUACACCUACUAAAUACACUCAUGAAUUAUAAAGCACAUCAAAUUACUUUUGAAAAGAAUUUGAAAUGAAAUUGAAACAAGUUAAUUUUAUUGAUUUGUGUAGUUAUCAAAGAAUUGGUAUGAGAAUUGAAGACGACAGGCAAUUUCUUUUGUAUUCAGAUUGUUUUGCCAAAAUAAAUGUUCCAAACAAAUGAAUUGAGAAGAGGGUAAUAGUAACACAUUUCAGCUUUUCAUUGUAUUUCAUAGAUGUAAUUUUUUUCACAAUGCCUCUGCUAGGUUGAAUGCUAGAGUCCUAAAGGAAUUGUACACUUUGUAAGUUCUAAUAAAUAUAAAAUGUGCUGUGAUGAACUUGUGGAUCCCUCAGUUUACAAAAUACAUUUCUCAGAAUUCUGGAGAAAAUUUAAAUAAAAA